AUGCUUGCUCGACGGUCUAGCUGGCACGCGAUUCACGAUAUAGCUGCUGAGCGGUUGCGGCGAAUUCGAAUCAUCUGCGUCUCGACAAGACUAUCGCUCGACGCAGCCAAUCACGCUCUCUCGUUGAUCGCGAGUCAUAACAACCCGCCAACAUGGGUCUCUCUGCACAUCGCUGACGUUUUGUCCGGCCUCUUCGGCAAGAAGGAGAUGCGCAUCCUCAUGGUCGGCUUGGAUGCUGCCGGUAAGACGACGAUCCUCUAUAAGCUCAAGCUAGGAGAAAUCGUCACCACGAUCCCGACAAUUGGCUUCAACGUCGAGACGGUUGAGUACAAGAACAUUUCUUUCACCGUAUGGGAUGUCGGUGGUCAGGACAAAAUCCGUCCUCUCUGGAGACAUUACUUCCAAAACACCCAAGGCAUCAUCUUCGUGGUCGACUCGAACGAUCGCGAGCGAGUGUCAGAAGCCAGAGAAGAGCUGCAGCGCAUGCUCAACGAAGAUGAGCUCCGUGAUGCGCUCCUGCUCGUCUUUGCAAACAAGCAAGAUCUGCCCAACGCAAUGAACGCUGCCGAGAUCACCGACAAGCUUGGCCUGCACUCGUUGAGAUCGCGAACAUGGUUCAUCCAGUCUACUUGCGCUGUCUCCGGUGACGGUCUCUAUGAAGUACCAACCUCAAGAGACGAACCUAGACAGUCAAAUGAGCUCGGGCCUGGCAACUGUGCAAGGGAUACCGCCGAACGACGCCUAACGAUCUAUCAUCAACGUAACAACACUGAAAAGAGGGACGAGCCUUGUCCUGCGUGUGAGCAUAGACGCAUCAAGCUCUCGAAGCCUUCUCUCUCUCUCGACAGCUUGUGCGCGCAAAAGAACCUCUCGUAUACCUCGCCUCGACCCAUCUUUCGUUGUAUUAAGUCCGGAUGCAUCUCUCGCGAACAUAGCAUGACCCCGGGCAUUUGCGACCAGCCGUAA